CGGGCGAUGAGCUCCUGCCGUGGGCAAGCACCGACCGGCAGCAGCGCCGGCCUCGGCAGAGGGACACCCCGCAGGUUGAUAACAAUAUCAGGGCACCAUGAACUGGGGGAUGUUCGAAGGGCUCCUCAAUGGGGUCAACAAGUACUCCACAGCCUUCGGCCGCAUCUGGCUCUCCCUCGUCUUCAUCUUCCGCCUGCUGGUCUACGUGGUGGCAGCCGAGCGGGUCUGGAGCGAUGACGACAAGGACUUUGACUGCAACACGCGGCAGCCGGGCUGCACCAAUGUCUGCUACGACCAUUUCUUCCCCGUCUCCCACAUCCGCCUCUGGGCCCUGCAGCUCAUCCUGGUCACCUGUCCAUCCCUCCUGGUCAUCAUGCACGUGGCCUACCGGGAAGCCAAGGAGCAGAGGCGCCGCGCUGCCGGCGGGGACAACUGCCGCUGCAUCUACCCCAACCCUGGCAAGAAGCGCGGGGGGCUGUGGUGGACGUACCUACUCAGCCUUAUCUUCAAGGCUGGUGUGGACAUGGUCUUCCUCUACAUCUUCUACCGCUUCUACAGGAACUACACCCUGCCCCGGCUGGUGAAGUGCGAGCUGCCCCCCUGCCCCAACGUGGUGGACUGCUUCAUCGCCCGGCCCACCGAGAAGACCAUCUUCACCCUCUUCAUGGUGGUCACCACCUGCGUCUGUGUCACGCUGAGCCUUGUCGAGGCUGCCUACCUGAUCGGCAAGCGAUGCCGCGAGUGCGUCCUGGCCAGCAGUGAGGACAGCUGCGGUCACAGCCAGGACUGUGUCCUCUCCCGCCCCGAGCCCGCGGGCACCGGGGCACAGGUUUUCCAUGGGGUAGAUGUGGACUACAAACUCCCCACGGCCUCCAUCCCCCCCACGGACUCCAGCCCCACCACGCUGCCCGAGGAGGAGGCUCUUCUCUAG